GGACGACAGCUGUACGUGAAACUGCGAGCAAAAUGAGGACCUGGCAGGUUAAGACGCGAGUCUUCAGAAGAGGAGUGUUUGGGGAGGUCCUUGACGCACGCUUGUCUCGCUCUCGCCCAUAAUCUUUCGCAUCUUUAUUGUUGUUCAACUACAGUUGUAGUAUUUGGGGAGACGACGAUCAGCAUGAGCUCAGGAAAACAAAAACCUCACCGGACGACGGAGAGGGAAUUCGGUGGAGUUCUUGGUGCCACCUGUAUCCCCGUCUUCCUGCCCCUGACUGUGCUCUACCUGCUGAGCGUGUGUCGGUCCCCCUCAGCCAGUGUGCUGCAGUGGCCCCCUCCUCUGCCCCAUGCCUCCUUCCUCUGGGAGCCUGUGGCCCUGGCUAUUGUGCUCGGCUGGAUGCUCCUGCAAAGCUUCCUCUACCUUCUACCUAUUGGAACGGUAUCUGAGGGGUUAGUGCUUAGAGAUGGUUCAAGGCUGAAGUAUCCUGUUAAUGGUUUUUCUGCGCUGUGCUGCAGUGCAGUUCUAGUUGGUCUGGGCCUGUGGUUGGGCAUGCCGCUGGCGUUUCUCUUUGAGCUCAUCAUCCCUCUGGCCGUGGCCGCCAUCGCACUGUCAUACCUCCUCGCCAUCUACCUCUACAUCCGCUCCUUCUGGGCACCUGCUCACGCGCUGGCAUUGGGUGGGAACUCAGGCAAUCCCCUGUAUGAUUUCUUCAUGGGACGCGAGCUGAACCCCCGCAUUGCUGGCUUCGACCUCAAGUACUUCUGUGAGCUGAGGCCUGGCUUGAUUGGCUGGCUGGUUCUGAAUCUAGGCAUGCUGAUGAAAGAGGUGGAGUUGAGGGGAUCUCCAUCGGUUGCCAUGCUACUGGUUAACUGCUUCCAGCUGCUCUAUGUCACUGACGCUCUAUGGAACGAGGAAGCCAUCCUGACAACCAUGGACAUAGUGCAUGAUGGCUUUGGCUUCAUGCUGGCCUUCGGGGACUUGGCCUGGGUGCCUUUCACGUACGGGCUGCAGGCCAUUUUCCUGGUGGCACACCCACAGACAUUGAGCCCACUGGGAGCAGCUGGAAUAAUCCUACUAAAUGGGCUUGGCUAUUACAUCUUUAGACGAUCAAAUUCCCAAAAGAAUCAGUUCAGACGUGACCCAAACCAUUCAUCUGUGGCCAACUUGGAGACCAUCCCCACGGCAACAGGGAAACGGCUGUUGGUUUCAGGCUGGUGGGGCUUCGUCCGCCAUCCAAACUACCUUGGUGACAUUCUAAUGGCCUUGGCGUGGUCUUUGCCUUGCGGAUUCUCACACAUCGUACCGUACUUCUACGUAAUCUACUUCUCCAUUCUGCUCAUCCACCGGGAGGAUCGGGACGAGAGGCAGUGCAGGGCAAAGUACGGCCUGGCCUGGGACACAUACUGCAAGAGGGUGCCGUACAGGAUCAUCCCCUAUGUGUACUAAGCAUGGAGACAGCUUCGGGAAACGUGCUUAGGAAGAACUUCUGACACAGCAGCAGAGACUGAGUCAGCAAAACGGGGGUCUAAUAUGACGUUUGCCUCUAAAAAAAAAAUGGAACAAUUUGU